AUGAAUUAUUCAAUAACUUGUGAAGAAUCCGAUAUUAAAAGAAGUUUUAUUUCUGCUAAUGAAGAGAUCAAAACAAAUCAAAUUAUCUUACCAAAUUAUCAAAGCUCAAUGUAUACUAGUAAACCAAUAAAAACUAAAGAAGUUAAACUAGCGUACGAAUCAACUAAAUUAUAUGAAUCAGCUAAAUAUAAAGAUUCGACAAUGUGCGAUCUUGAUCUUGAUAUGAUGCAAUUAUAUUAA